AGAGCAUGACACGCCGAUCCGAUGGCGAAGCCCCUUUUUAAUUGAGGCUGUCAGGCUGAGCCCGCGAUGGAGCGAGCGGGGCGACGCGGCGCUUCUAGCAGCAACAGCAGCAGCGCCUUAAACCGAACCAAGUGAAAGCAGCCUUUCCCGGGGAGGAGGAGGAGCAGCAGCCCCGAGAGCCUGGCCGGCGCCUUCCUCGCCUCCACCAUCCCAGAAGCACGAGCAGAGCCAGGCUCUUCUCCCCCGCUCCCUCCCGCCUUCUGCUCCUGCAAGUGGAAGGAAACGUCUCUCUGCUGCGGGCGAGGAAAUCGAGGGGAACGCGGACGCCGAUCUGCUUGGAGCGCUUGGAUCUCCAAAGCAGCGCGGGCUCCUUGGCCGGAUCUCUCUCUCUUUCUCUCUCCCUUUAAAACAACGAUCCUAUUUUUUUGAACUAACUCUUUUGCUUCUUCGGUGAUUUGGACAGUAGGCUGCAGAGGGCAUUCCUCUCUCCCCUUCCCCCCCGCGCCGCGCCAGUGAUUUGUUUUCCACGCGCGGCCGCUCUCCUCCUCCGCUCCCCCCCCCCCCGCGAUUUUGCCCUCCCCCACCCCUUGCGAUCCUCAUGAAAAAUCACAUCUGGGGCAGCACCCCGCGGGCUCCCAUGGCUGCGGCGAUGCCGUGGAAGAGCGCGGAGUGGCUGCAGGAGGAGCUGGAGUCGAGCGGGGGCAGUUCGCUGCUGCUGCUCGACUGCCGCCCGCACGAGCUCUUCGAGUCGUCGCACAUCGAGACCGCCAUCAACCUGGCCAUCCCGAGCCUGAUGCUCCGGCGCCUCAAGAAGGGCAACCUGCCCAUCCGCUCCAUCAUCCCCAACAACGAGGACAAGGAGCGCUUCGCCAAGCGCUGCAAGGCGGACACCGUCCUGCUCUACGACGAGGCCACGGCCGAGUGGCAGCAGGACAGCGGCGCCCCCAGCUCCGUCCUCGGGCUCCUGCUGCAGAAGCUGCGCGACGACGGCUGCAAGGCGUUCUACCUGAAAGGUACCGGGGGCGCGGGACUGUGGACGGGGCUGGCAGGGAGACGGGCAGGGGUCAGAUCGAUUUGAGCAGCGUGGGGAAGCUCCCCACCCGGAUAGCUCUGGUCUGCUAGCUAGCAGCACACCCCCAUCGGAGCGACCGGCGUGGUUCCCGCCUAACAGCAAUCCCACCCCCCGCCCCUAAUCUCUCACCACCAUGCAGACUGGAUCCGGAUCCGGAUCGCAGCUUUUCCCCUCUUCCGUAGUUCCUGAGGAUUCGCCUCCCGUUGUAGUGUGUUUUGGGAAUGCCGCCCUUAAGAAAUCAGGGAUAAUAAUGGAAGGAAACUUCUGGUCUGUUGUUGCACUUUUCCCACCCUUUAAAGGCGAUUAUAGCUUUCUCGUUUUGGCGAAGGAUUGUGCUCCUGCUCUUUCGCCUUUCAAAAUGGUCUCAUGUGCCGAGUACGGGCAGAUAUUGGCCGCUGAACCCUCGGAUUCCCCUUCUUGUUGCACCUCUUCCCGCCGGCCGGCCGCCCUUCCUCCCUCCCCGCGCGGUACAAAUCUCUCGCGUGGGAGACACUAUUCCCUCCCAUCUCCCUUGUUCCAGCGACGUAAGGUCUUAUUCCUGCCCGAUUCUUCCAUAUCUAUGAAUGGGGCAGAAAGGGUCUAUUCACCGAGUGAAUCCUCCAUACCUCUUCAUUCUGAAAUCCGGUUUGUGAGCAUCUGUUUUGGAAUAGUCCCUCCUCCCUCUUCCUGACCACCAUCCCUAGUUUUCCCACCUUGUCCACCCACCUGGUGUGGAUCUAUGAUCUUCCCUCCUUAGUUGCCCUUUAGGAGAUCUCCUCUAUACAGACGGAGAAAAUUAAAUAAAGGUCUAACUUCUCACACAGUGGCAACAAUCUCCCCUAAAAUACUUCUUUCACAACAUGCGGUUAUUUGAGGCCAGUAACCACAACUGUGGGAAGGGUGGGUGUAUUGAUCAUAUGCAGUUCUCCAUCUCUUUUUGCACCCCCCCCUCCCCAAGUUUGAUCUUGUGCAUUGAGACUAGAUCCAGGUGCUUUAGCAGUGCUUCCUGGUGUGUGUGUUUCUGGUGAAGGGUUGACUGAUUGGAUGUGCUUGCCUUUGGGCAAUGGGUUGAAUUAAAUUACCUCUCUGGUGCCAUUCUGUGCCAUGCUUCUGUUAUGCCUCUCAAUCUCUGAAUGAAGUGCAUUUUGAAUUGAGAUAUUAGUUCACUAUAAAGUCUCCAUUCAGAUCUCCUAAAACAACCCCCCCCCCCAAAAAAAGAGGGGCAUUGCGAAGCAGUCGAAACAGUCGUUCUGAGUGAGCCUGCCAGGAUGAAGAUAAUAACUUUGCUUCCCCCAAAACACACACACACCACAACACUGCUGUGGUCACUGGGCGGCAGGAUUGAGGCAGGAACAGUAGGCAACACCAAAUCAAUAUUGUCACUUGCAACAAGGCGGAUGGAUAGACUGGUAGAUUGAUUACGGGAUUUCUGAUGGUAGGAGGGCAGUAUAUGUGAGGUGCAGAGGAAGGAGGAUGAAACUGUUAUUGGGGAUUCUGGGUCCUCUUCUUUCCUACUAUAGGUUUCAGGGCUCUUUUUAGUAGCUGAACUCAUGCUGCCAUGUUAACUUCUUCAGCUUCUCUUGAGGACAGAAAUGCACUGGUGCUUCCCAUUCCUUUCUCAAGAUCCUAAAUAGUUCUCAUGAGGGUUCCGCGUUAUUUAAACUGAAUUCUGUACUCCUGGCAUCUCCCUCCUUUCUUAACUCCCCCCUAGUUCCUUUAAACUCGCAUGCAAUGGAGAAAAGGAGGAGUUAAGCUGCUGCUUUCCCUUCGCUUCGCUUUUUUUCUGGGGCCUCAGUGGGAAAUGUUUCCAAUUAAAAUUCCAAAAUGGCUUCUCCAUAUUGUCUUUCUCCUUGAGGAGGGAAAAAAAGGGAACCUUCUCUCUCUCCCUCUCUUCCCUUCAUGAAUGAAUAUGGCAGGGGAUGUGUAUGCUGCUCAGUGACCUUGCCACAACUAUGCCAAACCCCUGGAAUUUCCAGGAGACUUUUCGUAAUGACACUGUUUAUCAGAUCCACGUAAUGACUGCUAAAUGCCUCCUUAAUGUACACGAAGGAGCAAAUUAAAUUUCUUCUUGUCUAAUUGCUCUGUCGGAAAGAGGCGCCAAAAGAGAAAUGAUUAGAAGGAAUGGUUUUACUCCUGACCUUUACUUGCACAUUCAAUAGAUCCUUGAGUUUACUUAAACAAUAUUGGAGCAAGUUGCUCAACUCGGUGACGGGUUGUUUUCUGAGCUCUCCAGUUGUGCUGCUGUUCCAAGUGAUAAGCGGGCAGCGGCCAAACACUCUAUAAUUUUGAAAAAGGAAACUUCUGUUCCUGUCUCCUCCUCACCCUCACUGGCCCCAGCAUAUCUUAAUACCUUCCGCACAUGUUGAGCAAUAUCUUCGAGAUUAGAUCUUACAAUGCCUUCUAUUUGAACCGGCUCUCCUUAAUGAAGUUUUCAUUGCUUGGAAAUUAACUUUUGUUUUCAAGCCGAGUUGCUGUGAGAGUUGUCACAUGCACACCCACCCAGCCCCGCCGCCCAACAGCGCCCCCUUUGCUUUUAGCCAUUUACAUGACAGGCAGUUAGUUAUUCAACAGGUGAAGCUUUUCUUGUCACUGCAUUUUCAUGCUAGGAAGUGGCAGCUGCUGAUUUUCUGCUCAUCUUAAAUGCGCAGGAGCCCUCUGGGGGAGGGGGUGGGAGAAGAAAAAUGGCAGGCAUCAUUUCUAUAAUUUUAUUAAAUGUUAAUAUUGCCACCCACUUUUUUCUUUCUCAAGUCAAGCAUGCAUGGCAUAUGUUAAAUAUGUGCUUAGGAUAUUCUUCCUUAAGAAGCAGGUAGUCAGAUACUAGUUUUUGUGGAUUUAAUUGCUUCAGACUAUAGGUGAAGUGUUUUUUUCAUGAUUGAAUGUCUCCCCUUAGCAAAUAACAGCAGCAACAACAACAGCAAAGCAGCAACAACCCUACAUGUAGAAAGCUAAAUGUCUGGGAGAAGGCUGAAGCUUACUCUUCUCCCUGAUAGUCUAGUUUUCUGAUAUGCAGGAAUUGGUUUUUAAACUGGCGAACAUUUCGUCAUGUAAUCCUCAUUACAUCUCGAAAGAUUACACUGAGGCACAGAUUUCUCACCUCAGAGCAUUUUCCUGGCAUGGCAAAACGAAAAGGUGGAGCCAUACAGCACAUUUCAGUAAUACGAGUGCAACUGAUGUGUGAUCAAGUGAAAACUGCAGCAGUCACCUGAAAUUUCCUGCUGUCUUGGCACUUCUGUUGAGGCUGCCAACUUUUUUCCUGAGCCCCUGCUCCUGUGCUUCAACAGCACCUUGGUCUGCAGGCGUUAGCAGUUCCUAAAACAUCUCCAUGCUAUGAAAACUUUCACUGGCUGCUUCCCGGAUAUUAAAUUGCUGUGUAAAGUCACACGUGAACAGGCUAGGAUUGUGCUGUGGUGAGCUGGCAACUGUAAUUACCACUGAAGAGGAGGGUGCGAAAACCGGGCACCUGCUAAGAAGUAAGUCCCAUGAAACCCAAUGGGACUUACUUCUGAGUAGGCAUGUAUAGGAUGGCAGUGCCAGUGCUUUUUUGAGCCCUUGGUUGGAAUUGUAGAGUUGGAAGGGACCCUGAGGAUCAUUUAGUCCAAACCCCUACAAUGCAGGAAUAUGCAGCUGUCCCAAACGGAUAUCGAACCUGCAACCUUGACAUUAUCAGCACCACACUCUAACCAACUGAGCUAUCCUUCCCCUCGCACAGGAUGCAGUGCUAGGAGCCAUUGCCUUUCCUCCCCACGUGACUGUACACAGAGCAGCAUGCUACCAAUCUGGGCCUAAUUCAGACCAUACGCUUGAAGCAAAUAAUUUAGGUAAAUGGACUUUUCAGGGUGCGUUUAGCUAAGGAGGAAACAGAUGGCUAAAAUAUGUGGCUUUUCCUGGUAAUGAAUAAGUAUUCAGGUAUUGGUAGCUUUAGGAUGCAAGUGAUAUUAAAGUGCGCUUUCUCUUCGCCUCCGCAGGUGGAUUCAACAAAUUUCAGACAGAAUACUCGGAGCAUUGUGAAACCAAUCUUGACACUUCAUCUCCUACCAACUCUCCUCCUACAUCUGUCCUUGGUCUCGGAGGCCUGAGGAUCAGCUCCGAUUGUUCGGAUGGGGAAUCGGACAGGGAGCCUAGCAGUGCCACGGAAUCCGAUGGGAGCCCGGUCCCAAACAACCAGCCGGCCUUUCCUGUCCAGAUUCUUCCCUAUUUGUACCUGGGUUGUGCCAAAGAUUCCACCAACUUGGAUGUCUUGGGCAAAUACGGCAUCAAGUACAUCCUGAACGUUACUCCCAACCUCCCCAACAUGUUUGAGCACGACGGAGAAUUCAAGUACAAACAGAUUCCCAUCUCGGAUCACUGGAGUCAGAAUCUCUCCCAAUUCUUUCCCGAGGCCAUUGCUUUCAUUGGUAGGUGUUGGACAUCCUGUUCUCGGCGGACCAGCCCCUUUAGCAAUCAGUAGUUUUCCAUAACUAGUCCUGGGGGUUCAGUACCUGCUCACUGUUAGGUUCCAUGCAAUACAUGUUACACCUCCUAAUUUUGGUAGCUAGUGAUUGUGCCAGUGUCAGACACUGAUUUUCCCUACUUCAGACUUUACUUCAAAAUCAAAAAGCUUUGCUUCAGUUGGCUGUGGUGGAACAGUUUUAAAGAUGGCUUGUUUUUUUCUGGGGCUUCAGGGCUGUGCUUUAAAUUAUAAUUUCCACCUUUGUGGGCAUUAUAUUUGCCGCGAAACUAAGUUACAUUGCAGAGAUUUUAAAUGUUGUUUAACAAACUACAUGCUGGUGUUUUGAGGCUGAAAUCUUGUAAACUCUUACCUGGGAGUUGGUUCCAUUGAAGUCCCUGGGGAUUCUGGCUAAGUAGACACAUGUAGGGUUGCCCUGUAAAUGGUCUAUUUUUGUUUAAAUGUUAUGAUACUAUAUGUCCCUGGUUUCCUAUUCAUGCUGUAUAUGAGUAAAUUUGAGGGUCCAAUAACUUUGAAAACGGAAUACCUUUUUGAAAGCUCCUUUGUGUUUUGGGAAGUAGAUAAAGCAGGCAUUUUUAAGCUUUAGACUUUGGGGAAAGACUUUUCACAAGGCAGUAUCUGCUAAACAUCUGUUGUGGAAGCCCCUGUGUGCUGCAAAUGCUUACAGACAUGUUCUGCAGUGCGUACACAGGGAGUAUUGCCUAUUGCCCCCCCAUCACCAUGUGCCACCUGAGAACCAGGAUCCACUUACCCAUUGGAGGCGAGCUGCGGCAAUAGUCUCCUGGCAGCGUUGCCAAGCAGUGAGGGGGCAGUGAGGCUGUGGGUGGGUGGAACCUGAGCAUCUGCAAUCCCACCCCUGCCUCUCCCUUCUCAGUGAGCGACAGUGAUUCUGCUGCUGGAAGCUGUUGCAGCAGCUCUGCCUCACCUGGCGAACCACUCCUUCUGACACCUUUCCCUAGAACAAAGAUGGGGAAUGGCUAGCAUGGCCGAUGGAUGGGGAUGGUGGUGGUUGGUAGUCCAAAACAUCUGAAGGGCCAGAAACUCUCCAUCCUUGCCUUGGGGGACACACACCACUUACCUGCUCCAGGAGAUGGCAGGGGAAGAUCAGUAGAACUGGGCAAUCUGCCUUUCAGAGAAAGCUGCCUGCCAUUCCUAGUCUUCACAUCAUUGUGAGCCCCAAAAUUUAAUGGGACACAUUUAGAAAACCACUGAGAAAAAGAAAGAGCUGUUUUGCUCAUGUUGUGCAUGUUCCUUGAUUCCUAAAGAUAAAGCUAAACAUGUGAACAAAGAUGAAAGUUCUGUGUUAGAAACUCGUUCAAAUUACCUCUGGCCCAUCGUAAAAUGAUGGGCAUGCAUGUGUAAAGUAGCUAGUCCCUGAACAGGGGUUUAUGAUUGCUAUUUGGAGAGAAAAUCCCUAUGCUGAUCAUAACCCCAAAGGACCUAAAACGUAUUUUAUUUAAAACUUUGGAUCCUGCCCCUCAGCGUUUCUGCUUCCAUGGCAGCUCAUAGAUGCUAUGAGAAUGGGCACAUCUAAAUAAAUUAAGUUCAGCCAAUUAAUAUGACAAGAAUGAGCAAGAUAAAAACACAGUCAUUUAGGGAGUGCCUUCUCUGAUAUGAACAUGCCUGUUCACAAGUGUCAUCUUCAGAAAUCCUUCUUUAAAUGCACUUGCCUUCUAAGGUGAGGCAGAUGACAAUUGGAAAAAGGGUCUUUUCAGUUGUGGCACCCUUCCUUUGUAGUAUUCUCCCCAGGGAGAAAACUUUACUGUCUCUUCAGCACCAGAGAAAUAACAUUUUUAUUGACAUUUUUAUUGGGGUUUUUUUUAAUUCCCACAUUGGUCUCAAGAAGUAUGUAGGACAUUAUUGGCAUUGCAUUUUGAAUUGUGCUUGGAAACACAGUGUCCAAAUGGAUCCUUUCUAGGAUUGUUCUAGCUUUCCAGAAUUGUUUUUGUGAUGCAGGAAUAGAUAUAUGGCUGCCAGAUAAUGGCUCAUAUUUACCUAACAAAGUUGUGUGCCCUAAAGUUGAAAAUACGACAGUCCAGGAGUUUGUUUCUGGCUAAGUCAGAAUGCACACCCACUACUCAGAAUACACCCACUGAAAUCAUUGAACUAAAGUUAGUCAUGACUAAACCUGCUUGUCCACUGAUUUCAGUAGGUGUACUGCAAACAUGACUUAAUUGGAUACAAACCAGAGAGCUGUUUUGUUGAGAUAGUGGACAAGUGCUGGUCUGCUUGACUGCACUGUAGGCUUGAAAGCCGCAGUGCUUCUAAAGUUGCUUGCUUCUGUUCUGUGUUCUCUAAAUCAGUAUACUAUGGGGAAAAGUACAAGCUUAGAUGGUUUGUACUGCCCCAAAACCUCAAUAUGAAAAAGUCUAUUUCUUCUAUUGCUCUUAUCAGUAGAUCAUUUUGCUUUUGCUUAAAGGCAUGUGAGGGGAGCAUGGUAUUUAGACACCAGCUCAGUCAAAAAAACAUCCCUUCUGUGAAAACCACACUCUGCUUUGGUUUUUAUGACAGGAAAUGCUUACCUCAUUCAUUCACUAUAAGACUAAAUAGAGGGGGAAAGAAGCAGUGUUCAAAUAGGACACCAGAAGACCUCUGGGAAAUUUAUUUUGCUUGAAAAGAGGCUGUGUUAGAGCAGUCCUUGUCACCUGGCACUGCUUCGUGACUUCUACAAUAAUGCGGGCUAAGAAGUCAAACUUGUUCAUUCUUUAUUUCCCUGCUAUCAUUGGCUAUCUCAUCUUUCCGUCUCUGGCUAAGGUAGUUAGGCUGUAAACUUUUCCGGGCUUAACAGCCAAGCCUUAACAUGUACUUUUGAAGUAAGUCUCUUUGGCAUCAGUGGAAUGUAGUUCUGCAUAAAUGUGCUUUAGGGCUGUGUGGCCUUUGUUAUGGGUCAACAUGCAUAUUCACUGUGCAGUGGUGUGUGUGUGUAAGUCCUUCUGAGUUCAGCGGGGUUUAACCCCAGAGAAACAAACAUAGGAUUGCAGCCUCAAACUGACUGCUGUGGGAAGAGACACUGGCCUGUGUCAGUUAGGUGUAGGUAUGUACCUUAAAUACAUGCUGCAGUCAGUCAUCGAUAGUAUUUUUAGCUUGUGAAAGCUGUUUGUGUCUGCCACUAAACAGCAUCUCACCUUCCUUUCCCUGCUGCCGUCUGCUUGAAUAUAAUUAUUAAUCGAUGAUAACUUUGUGUGUGGAGCUCUGCUGCUAUAUUGCUUCCAAAAAAACCACCCCACAACUAUUUAGCAAGCUUCAGUUUUUCAGCAGCAUCUGAAGCUGAUUCCGAAAAUAAAAGGGACCUCAAAAAGUUAGCAGAUUUGGCCUUAGUGGUUGUAUUUUGACACAUGUCAGUGCUGCCAAGUUUGACUAGUUGCAGCUGGGCACCUAGCUGUUGCUUAAUACCAGAAAUAAAUUUGAAGCAAGAAUGGCCUGAACUACGUCUUAAGAAGAGUCAGGGAACUCCAGAGACAGAACUACAAUUCUGUCUUCCUUCCUCAAGAGACUUGCUUCCUUAUCUUCUCCGUUUUAUGACACUUCCAUGCUUACAUCAUCUUUAUGUGCCAAGAUUUAAUGAGCUAAUAUUUGUAAACUGUUCUGACUACACAGUGCUGAUUGCCACUGUUCAUGCAACUAGUCAUCAUGUGAGACUUGAGGAAAGCAUAUAGUUGUGAAGAAAUACAAAGAAUUGUGGGUGAAAACUACCAGUUAUCCAGCAAUACAUGGAUAUUGAAAUCCAUGUAUUAUGAUGAUGAUGAUGAAUAAUGAAUCCGUUGCAAUAAUUGACCUAAGCUGUUUGAUGCGGGCUUCCAUCUCGCCCUGGUUUAAAGAGAGGCAGCUUCUUGUGGUCCAGCAUAUUCAACCUCUCCCUUUUUUGUCUCUUUCAGAUGAGGCCCGUUCUAAGAAAUGUGGCAUUCUGGUUCACUGCCUAGCCGGCAUCAGCAGGUCUGUAACGGUAACUGUUGCCUAUUUAAUGCAAAAGCUCAACUUGUCUCUCAAUGAUGCCUAUGACUUUGUAAAAAGGAAAAAGUCCAACAUUUCUCCAAACUUUAACUUCAUGGGCCAGCUCCUGGACUUUGAAAGAACUUUGGGGCUCAACAGCCCAUGUGACAACCGCUCCCCCACCGAACAGCUCUACUUCACCACUCCAACCAAUCACAACUUGUUUCCACUGAACACUUUGGAGUCUACAUGAAGUGGAUUUUCUCUGGGGGACACCCCCCCAAAGCCUUGAAUCGCUUCUCUUUGAGCAUUUCAAAUCCAUUAAGCGGAAAGUCUUUCCAGCCAUCCUUGAAAGAACUGGUUUCUCCAAGCAGAGCUGUCUGAAUCGCUGCUUUACUGAAAAGGCUUGUGCCAUUUAUUAGUAUUCUGAUGCUAAAUCAAAAUGGGUUCGGAGGAGUUACCUUAUCAGAGUUACUUAAUGUGGGGGAUGGCCUGGCAUUCUGAACACAGCUGUUACUGGCAAUAGCUGCUUUCCUGGGUGUGUAGAGACUGACGUGAUACACACUGCACACACAUGCAAACACACACAUACAUGUAUUACACACGCACACGUUAAGAACGACUUGUGUGUGUUUGCUCAGUGUGGAAAGCAAAGGAAACUCGUGCACUUGGCAACCUUUGAUCAAUAAGUGUUGGCCUGAGACUGUUGUUUUAAAACCCAGUUUACUUUUUUAAAAAAAGAAAAGAAAAGGAGGUAAUCUUUACUCCUUCUUGGGUUCAAGCUCUUUUUAAAUAUGUAUGUACCUGACAGUUUGUACAGACAAGGUUGCAAAACCAGUAUUUUAUUCUGUUCUUGUUCGAGUUCAUGUUUUUAGAUAAAAGACGAGGAGAAAAAAAUCAAAAUGUUUCUAUUGACCAAAUGCAUUUUGCACACUUUGUAAAGCCUUGAUAUAUUCUGGCAUGUUACUGGGUACUUGGGAGCGAGCGAGAGAGAAAGUGAGUGAGUGAGUGAGAGAGGAGGACACCUGUUGCUGCUGCUUGUUAGCAUCUGGUUGGCGUUUUCAUGACUUGUGAGGGCCAGUUGGUGAUAAUACCACUCUCUGCCAUGCCCACAUUCACAAUCUCUUCUGCACUGAAUCAGCCAAGGUGACUAAGCGCCAUUGUGCUUUCUUAGAAACACCACCUUUUGCCAAAAAAACAACUCGCCCCUACCCUACACCCGUUGCUCUCUGGCCCCAGUUUGAUGCUACCUGAGUCUCCUCCAUCUGAGCUGGUAGAGGCAUGUUUCGAGGCUCUUAGCUGCUCUGUGCAGCCUAUUAUGACUGUUAACAUCACCCAGCUGGCCUGAAUUCAUUCCAGUUUCUGAAGCAAUGAAAAUACUUUCAAUGAUGUUGGCAUUUAUCCAGCGCACUUAAUUCUGUGUCUCUGUGUGUGUGAAUUUGUGUGUGUGUGUGUAGGGAGGAGCGCAGCUGAGAGGUGUGAGAAGAAUCAGCUGAUUCUGCUAUUUUAAAAGACUUGAGCAGAGCAGAGACAUUUUGGUGCGUAACCAGUGGACAACUCUCAUAUGAACCACAGGAGGGCAUGGAAUUAUGCUGUUUAGAAAAGGGGCAUGGAAACGUGGAUUUUUUCUUUAGCCCAUUUGAGCUCUCUGGUGAACUUUUUUUCUGGGUAACUUCUUUGCUGUGCCUUCUACAACAAGAAGACUUGUUUAUAUUUCUCACUAAUGUAUUAUACUGGAAGAGGGAGAAGUGGUGCUUAUUUCCCCCACCCCCAGGAAGAGGGCAUGACGGGCAUGGGAAAACUUCAUUGCCUGCAAUGUAGCCCCUCCCUUCUUCUCAUCUCCCUUUCCACUUUCACUCUCAAAGUAACUUUUUAAAAGCCACGGAGUCCCCCCCCUCAAAAUAUUCAGUUUUUAUACUCCCCCCCCCCCCCAAAAUAAAUAAAUCUCUAUGUGGAAGAAUGUUUUAAUGCUGUUGCAUCACAGAAUUGGUAUGUGUGUGUGUGUGCGUGUAUUUUAUUUUUUAAAGAAACAUUACCAGAAUAUCGGAAUGAUUUUUGUCUUUUUUUUGUUGUUGGUGGUUUUGUUCGUUUUUGUUCCUUUUUUAUGUUAGCAAUGUUGGGGUUGCUGGGUCAUCGGGGCAGGAAGUGUGGAGUGCUUAGUGUGUGGAUGAGCAAGCAAAUGCGGAAUCUCCUAACUGAAUCUUACCUCGAGGAAUUUUUAUUUUUUCAGGGAUUUAGACAGUGCAUCUGUAUCUUGUUAAGCUGGUUUGUAUAAAGGCUUCCUGUGCCAAUGGAGGUCUUUUUUAAAAGAAAGAAAGAAAAAAGAAAGAUGCAUCCUCUUCGUAUAAAUGAGAAUUUGUUAGCGAGGGACAGUUUUGCUUUCUGUGUUUAUGAAGGAAAAAUGUGUGACCCUAUAUAUCCUGAACCCAAUAUUGGGACUUUGUUUAUAUUGCAAAUAAAUAUUAUUUUUUCUUUAAAACCA